AUGGCAACCAAGACGGAAGGGUCGAGUGUGCAACUGGGUGACGCCUCUGAGGAUGGAGAUUUUGUGGCACUACGGGAGAGUCGGGAGACUAGAGUGCCAGAGUCUCUAGAGUUGCUGGACAGUUUGGUCAGCUCCAACAAGCGACACGCAUCGUUGACCAAGCAUAACAAGACCAUGUGGAAGAAAAUAACUGAUGCGAUACCCAGAGGAAAGGAAACCUUUAACAAUCGAAUAAAAAAAAUGUCCUUCAAGUACAAACUGUCCAGCAAGACACUACUUGAUCCGGCUAACGGACGAAAUAUUUUACACUACAUGAUGGAGCUAAAAAGCGCCGAACUGGUGGACGCUGUCAUGGAGUUGGCAGACGACGAUUUAAUUAUGCAGGCGUUCGACGCUUCAGGCGGGAAGAAAAACGUUUUACAUCAGGCUGUUGAACAAAAUAAUAUUUGCCUGCUGAAAUUAUUGCUAGAGAAAAUACCCACGCUACAUAAUAAAUUAAAACUAUUAAAUCAGGAAACGCCGAUAGAGAUUAAAGGUCAAAGGCCAAGGACGUUUCCUUGCCUCCAUUUGGCUGCAUAUCACGGCUACACAGAGAUAGUGACUUUCAUUGUUGAACAUGGCGUCGAUGUGAAUCACGUCAACGCUAAGAACGACACAUCCCUGCUGUGGGCAGCUAGAUGGGGACAUGAAGACACGGUCAGGACUUUGCUUAAGCUGGGAGCUCUUCCAAAUGUUGAAAACGAUAAGGGUUCGACGGCCCUGCAAUGGGCCGUACGGUACGGCCACACGGAAACUGUGGACAUCUUGGCCAGAGAGGGCCACGCUAAUGUGAGCCAAACUAGAAAUAUGGGACUGGUUGCUCCCAUCGUCCUAGCCAGCGCGUUGGGGUUCGAAAAAAUCGUUUCAAUUCUGCUGGAAUUUAACGCGGAUCCCAACUUUGAAAUCAGGGGCGGAGAGAGGCCAAUACAUCACGCCGGGAGAGAGGGGUUUUCCAAAGUUAUCAGGAUUCUUGUGGCCAAUGGUGCAGAAAUAGAUGCAGCAGAUGAGCGAGGUGAUACAGCCCUACUUUUAACUGCUAAACAUGGACAGCCUAAAGCCUUACAGACUCUGCUGAGACUUGGAUCAAAUGUUAACCACAAGAACUUGAUGGGAGAAGACGUGUGGGCGUAUGCUGUCAGCAACAACAGUGACAUCAUCCUCAAGCUUCUGGUGCUGGAACUACAGGCGUCUGCUCAAUCUCACGCUGAUCUGAAGACUGGAGUUAGCUCCCUGCUUCUGCUUGCUGCUGCCUCAGGCACCACUGAAAAAAUCAAACUUCUACUGGAAUUAAAGGUAGAUGCAUGUGCUACUGACAAAGAGGGCAACAAUUUUGUACACCACGCUGCCAUGAACAACAGAACAGUGGUCAUCAGAGAAUUUUAUAAAGUGGUAAACAUUGACAGCACAAACAACUAUGGGAACACAGCCCUACAUGAAGCUUGUAUAAAAGGUCAUCACGAGGUCAUUAUGGAGCUCAUACAGUUCCAUGUAAUGGCCAAUAUUAAAAACUCUAAAGGUGAAACAGCCCUCCAUGUUGCGGCCUACUCCAAACAUAUUCAGCCUCAAACUGUGUCCAAGCUUAUGGAUUACAUCAUCAAGACACAUCCCUGGGAGUGUCUCAACAUUUCCGACAACCAUGGAAGAAACCCUUUACACAUCGCUGCCAAACAUGCGCGGCCACAAGUUCUCUGGGAGUUCAGGUUUGUGAGCUUCAAGGAUGAAGAUUUUGAUGGCAACAUAGCAGUACAUGAGGCUGUCAGACCAGGAGAGCCAGAAGUUCUGGAGAUGAUGUUGGACAUUUAUGACGCUAUGAAACGAGACUGUGACAUCAAUCACAAGAAUAAAAAGAUGCAGACCUGCUUGUAUCUUGCGGCUAGGGAAGGUUUUCUGGGAGGUGUCCAGCGUUUGAUGCUGUAUGGGGCCCAUAUUUCACUAGAGUUUGAGGACUACAAGCAGACUGCCUUGCUCCACAUGCUGACCAGUUUAACAGUGACUGACCCCUCUCACAAGUCCCAGUACCUGGACAUCAUGUGUACCAUGCUGGACAGGGUACAGCAGCUGUACUGCACCCUGAAGCAGGUGAAGGAGUGCAGGAGCAAGGAGUGUCAAGCCUUCUACAGGAGACGAGGCAUCCAGAUUCUGGUCACUGAACUGCUCAACAAUGAGGACUUGACUGUCCUUGAUCUUGCUUGUAAAAUUAAAGCUAAUGAUGUCAUCCAGCUUAUUGUGAAUAUGGAGGAUGUCUUUGUUUUUAAGGUAGGCAAGCACCUGCGGUAUGAUGUAACUGGUGUAACCCCCAGGACUAAUGGGACUCUGGGCAGCUUGUGGAGCCAGGGUUCUGUCAGCCCUAGACCUUCAUGUUUAGAGUGGCUCCUGGCCACUGGUUCUGACUUGCCAGAAAAUGCUGCUAGUGUCCUUAACAUUCAGCCCUUCAGUGCCAUUGAGACAGCCUACAGCUCAGUGUCUGCCUGGACAUAUGUCAUUGUUAUGAUAGUCCACAUUAUCUAUAUGAGUAUCUUCAGCUGGUCAGGACUGACCCUCCUGUACAACAGCAGGACUAGCCCAGGGGAGAGGACCAACGACGGCCCCACACUGGUGACCUACAUCAUUGUGCCACUAGAACCUGCCUUCUUCGUCUUCUACAACGCAUAUCAUAUGGUCAAGUUGUGUUGUAUGGGGGAGUUGUCUGUUAGGUCUAAACUGUCUCAGAAAAGUAUUUUAACUGUACUUAUGACAUUCCUGUCUGUUCUUGUUGGCCUCAUAUACUCCAUAUUUGUCAUCAUAUGGAUUGUAACGUAUGUCGUGGACUAUGCCUACAUGGAUUAUUUCCUGGCCAUAGCACUGUGUAUAGGAUGGAUGUUUACAAUAGCUUUCACCAGAGGAUUUAAAGUUAUCAAUUACUUUUGGCGAAUGAUUCAAAUCAUGAUUAUCAGAGAUGUGUUCAAAUUUUUGUUUAUCUACCUUUUUGUUCUGCUGGCUUUCUCAUUUGCCUUCCAUGCCCUCUUUCAAGUUUCAAUGAGUUUGUCAACCGACUACCCUGAUCCCACCUACACCAUCUUCCUUAUGUUUAACAUGAUGAUUGGGAUGGACAAUGACUUUAUAAGCAACGGCAUUGAGACUGGCUACAGUACAGUCAACAGGAGUGCUCUGUUAAUGAAGAUACUGUAUGUGAUCUACAUGAUCUUGGCCACCAUUGUUUUACUGAAUCUGCUGAUUGCCAUGAUGAAUGACUCCUACAGAGAAAUCCUUAGGAAACAACGGCAGGCCUGGAGAAUUGAGUCUGCCCAACUUGGUGUUGAUGUUGAGAAAAGUUUACCUUUGACCUUUCCCAUGUUUAGUAAGGUCAAGGUUGUAGAAGGGUACAUAAGUAAGUGGGAUAAAGAACAUAAGUUCAAGAGAUGGUACAUUGAUGUCAUCAAGGAGAUGCCUGAGCCUGAGAACAGAGUGGACCGUGGUGAGGAGAGGGCCCAGGCAGAGUUCAGGUCCACAGUGACCCAGCAGCUGGACAGCAUGAGGACGGACAUCCAUGACAUGUACGCCACGCUCAAAAACAUUGAACAAAAUCUUCACAGGAACACUGAAGCCUGACAUAUUGAUUUUUGUACUGUGAUUUUUAAGCCUUCUAGUCCUAUUCUUGUCUAAUUAUAUUUUUAGGUUUUAAUUUAAGAAAAUGUCUACAAAAAACAUUAAAAAUAAGAUAGGACUAUUUUUACAUUAAACAGAUUUUUUUUACAUUUGUGUAAAAGAAAAAAAUCCACAUCUUUUGGCCAAAUUUAA